UUACUCAUUCAGUGCGUUACAAAUUGUGUCGAGAUCUGCUCGCCUCUCGAUUUCGCGAGCACUCCCAACUAGAUUUCAGGAUACGCGAAAAUUAAUACGUAAAUAAAUAAAAAUUUAAUUCAUCAUAAGAAAAUCAAAGUAUUGUACAAUGUAUGUAUAAUGUAUAUAUUCAGUUAAUGCUAAAUAAGAAAGAAAAGAUAUUCGUGACAUCACAGUAAAUGUGGAAAAACAGGCAGCAAAAUGUAGAUUCAAUAAAGUUAGUGAUUUAUUAAAAGUGGCAUUAAAAUGACUUCGUUUAAUAACAACAUCAACUACACAGUGAUAAAGGCGUAUGAAGAAGAUUUUCCACUGUUGAUGCCAAAAUGGGGUUAUGUGGCGUCCGCAUUCGUAUUGUUUCUUAUAGGAUUCUUCGGUUUCUUUUUAAACCUCAUGGUGAUACUGCUGAUGUUUAAAGAUAGACAGCUAUGGACACCACUGAACAUCAUAUUGUUCAACUUGGUGUGUUCAGAUUUCUCCGUAUCAGUGUUGGGGAAUCCUUUCACGCUCAUCUCAGCGCUCUUCCACCGAUGGGUGUUUGGACACACCAUGUGUGUCCUUUAUGGUUUCUUUAUGGCUUUAUUGGGUAUAACAUCCAUCACUACACUAACAGUGAUAUCUUUCGAGAGAUACAUGUUGGUCACUCGUCCACUGAGUUCCAGACACUUGAGUUCGAAGGGAGCUAUUUUAUCCAUAGUAUUUAUUUGGACCUACUCCUUGGCACUCACUACUCCACCGCUAAUAGGUUGGGGGAACUAUGUCAAUGAAGCUGCUAAUAUCAGCUGUUCAGUGAACUGGCAUGAACAGUCUACGAAUACGCUCACAUACAUUAUGUUCCUAUUUGCAUUAGGACAGAUUAUUCCACUCACUGUCAUCACCUAUAGCUAUGUCAACAUUAUUAGAACGCUGAAAAAGAAUUCCCAACGACUCGGACGAGUAAGCCGGGCGGAAACCAGAGCUACCGCUAUGGUCUUUAUAAUGAUUAUAUCAUUCACAAUAGCCUGGACACCGUACUCCUUGUUCGCCUUAAUGGAACAGUUUGCUACGGAAGGAAUUAUUUCUCCCGGAGCCGGAGUUAUACCAGCUUUAGUGGCCAAAAGCUCGAUCUGCUAUAAUCCCCUUAUAUACGUUGGGAUGAACACACAAUUCCGGCAGUCAAUUAAACGCAUAUUCGGAAUGCAUAAUAAUAAAAUGCAAUCACAAACUGAAAAGGGUCACAACACAACACUGUCGCCAACACACAAGACGUCUGGUACGAACGAAGCAAACACCUGCUACAACUCAACUGAAACGAUGAUAUCGGUAUCUUCCAAAAAGCAUAUCAAAGAUAAAAAAAUUGUCUUCAACGACGAACUAUCAGAAAACAUUAAAACUGAAAAUCGAUUCUACCAAAAAGAUUUAGAACUUUGUACAAUACAAGAAAAUCGAUCGCGAUCGGAUUUGGAGAGGUCAGAUGAUACUAUAUAUGAAGACAGCACUCAUAAUAACAAAAAGUUUCAACUGUUUGGACCAUCUUGUAAACUAUUUCAGAAACGUUCGCCCGGCGUUACUAUUAUAGAUAAAGAACAUUUGAUUUUCAGUAAAACUAAAUUGAAGGAUGAUGAAAACGAUGCAUCUGAUGAAAUGACGAAUGCUUACGGUAACGAAGGUUACGUAGAACAUACGACUGAUACAUUAAAUGAAAAUACGUAUCGCACUGAAUACGAAAAAAUAAAGUCGCAAAAAGAAAUAAAACGCAGUUUCUCUUUAGAUUUAAAUAUUGUUUCAUAUGAAAAUAAGAAGAGAAAAAUGUCAAUAGAGAGUAAAUUUGAGGCCAUUGCACAACCAAAGGGAUUUAUUAAAGAUGGUAUUAUGGGGAAAUUAUUUGAUCAGGAUACUAACCAAUUUAAAACAUAUCUAUGUAGUAUUGAGAACCAAAAUACUGAUAGUGCCGAUGAUGAUGAUAAUUAAUAUAAUUGAUUAUUUAAGUGAUUUUUGGGAUCAAAUUAUCAAUUAAUAUACUUAAUAUAUAUUACUUCAUAUUAUUAGUAUUAUGUAGUAUCAAUUAGACAAUUCGAAAUUUUGUCCUUUGAAGGGAGCUAUUUUUGUUUCAUUAAUAAUUCUAUUCAUUCAAUUAAAAAAACCUGAAUCUUUAGAAUUUUGUCAAUUAAUGUAAUUUACUUAUUUAGUAAGAUAUUAUAAUACGAAUAUACGAGUACAUAUUAGUAUGUAUAUCCUGAUAUUAUAUAUAAAGGUUGAGUAUUUCAUUAGAUGUUCUUAAAUAUUAAUUAUUACUUUUCUAAGUUAUUAUAACUGCAUAAUUAUUAUGUUGCUCUUAGAGUCUAGUAGUAAAUUACUGGACUCAAUAUGAAUGAUACAAGAAGUAAGUAGUCCAGAAACAUUUUUGUUUAGUAUAAAAACUAUAUAUUUUUUAUUAUGUCGGAGAAAUUAUUCGAUGAGAGGUGCUGACAAUUUAAUGAGUCGUGUUAGGGUCUGUGAUAAUAGCUAUGAGUGUCAAUGUGAAAUAAAUAUUUAUUUAUUGUAGGAUAUGAUUAUUUUUUUAUAUAUUAUACAAAAAUAAAAUUUAAUACAAAUCAUCUGAUCUAUAAAAAUAAUAAAGCUUUAAAUUAAUAAAAUACACUGGCUUACGUCCAAAUUCUUCAAAUUUUCUACAUCAAAUUUCGUAUUUGUCGAUUAUAUUAAAAUUUAAUAGCGUAUAAUAUCUGUAAUAAUUUAUAACGUAAUAUUUGUGCUAUUAGAUUGCAAAAUUUUAUAAUUAAUAUUAUCAUUAGAAGUUAAUAAUAUAAAAUGUUUGAUUAUUAAUUUUGAAGCUAUCAUCUUAAGCUUUCUUUUAUAUGGUUAGCUACAAUUAAAUUGCACACUUAUAUUGAUAUAAAUAAUAAUAAAUCAUUACCGCCAAUAUAAUUACAUAGCAUAUAAAUAAAGUAGAGCAUGUAUUACGGGUAUUAAACAAAAAUACAACAUAUACUUUUUUUGUAAAUAUAAUACGUAGUACAACAAUUCCUAAAGUGGAUUCCACUAAACCUAGGAGUUUUAUAAAAAGUCACACGAGUUCCACGAAAUUAUAUACACAGUGAAACAAUUUCAUUCUUCAAAUAAAAAAUAAAAGGAAACUAUAAAGUUUUAUACUUUUAAAAUAUUUCCUCUGAAGUCACCGGCAAGUUUCCACCCCAACUACCCUGCACAUAGUAAUGUGCGGCGAGCGACACCAGCAGAAGGGGGCCCGCGCCCCGGACCGCUCUCCCACGUCCCCUUUAGGCGGCUACGUGCGGCGAAAACCAAUACCAGUUUUAAAAUAUAUCUAAUAAAAGCUUUUGUUCUUAUUUAAAUUACAGUGUUUUUGAUUUGUAAUCGUUUGAUAUGGGGUUCCAUAAGAUAAAAGGUGUUUGAUAGGCGUUCCGUUAUCUUAAAAGUUUAGGAACCCUUGACGUAGUAAAUAUUCAGCUGAAUACAAAGAUAAUUAUGAACACAAACGUUUGUAUUGUGUGUGAGUAGAACCCGGGACCAUCGGAAUUUGAGGUGGUAUUGUUAAACCGGUACACCACCAAGGCGGUCAAAUAGCCAAUCCGCGUUUGUCUUUAGCAUUUAUAUAAUACAAUUCACGGUUCUGUUAUAUUUUGUAAAAACCAUAAAAAUUACUUCUUCUUAUGGUCAAAUUGUUGUCGGUAGAAAUACAAGACUCAUUACAAGUCCUACCGUUCUAUAUUUUUGGUACAUUUUUAUGGCUUUAAUAUUGACGUCUUUAUAAAUUAAUAAUAAUAAAAUAUUAAUCUGUGUAUUAGAUAGUGUACAUAAAAUAUUACUUUGUUAGAAAAUACGUCUUCGUAAUUUGAUAUCAUUAAAAUUGUCUUUACACAAACAACAAUUUUACAAAAAUAAGAUAAAAGUCUUGAUUAAGAAUUUGCAGAUGAUUGUCCUGUAAUAGAAUUGAUUUUAGAUAGCCAUUCUCUAUCUCUUAAAUUGGAAUUUUAGUCCAAUACAACAAUGAAAGAUUUAUUACAAACCGCUAGGUAUGUUCAAUUAAAUUGCGGACGAAAUUAAAUUAAAUAUUUAAUGAUCCGUAACACAAUAGUUAUGCUAAACUAUCGAAUUAAUAUUUUAAUUUUAGAGAUAGGUUUGCAGAAUGGCUCCUCGGAAUUGACCUCAAUGUACGUUGUUCUAUAUGCUAUUAUAAUUAUUUCCACGCCAAGUCCCUUAAGGGAUAGGCAGAGAGAAGCGAGGGCCAAAUAUCCUCCUACACAUCCACCGGUUUUAAAAUCUCAGCUAACAAUCAUAAUAGACUGGAUUAUAGAUAUAUGUAUAUCUCCUCCAGUACGUACCUACACAGUCUAUACAGUUUAUAUUCAGUUAUAUAAACCAGAAAAUAGAUGGAAUGAUAAUAUAUAACAAUGAAGACAACUCACUUGCCCUAUCUUGAUUAAUUCACCAGAUGUUAAUUACAAUGGACAAGUUUCCGUUACUAGUAACUCCAUCCCCUUGAUAUUCCAGUAUACCUGCCUAACCGAAGAUAUAUUAAUUGAUUAAUUGAUUGUGAUUGUAUGUGUCAAAUUGUAUUUAACCAAUUAGAUAUGUUUUAUGUACGAUUAGAUAUAAGAACAACGAAUUAUGUGUAUUUUUUAAUCAAACCUAAAAAAUCUAAAUCUGUUGUCAAUUUAUAAACAUGGAAAUGAAUUCAAAUAAUUUAUAUUAAUGAUUAUAUAGGUUCUUGUUUGUUUGAAAACGUUAAUUUGUUUUAUUAGUCUAAAAAAAACAUUUCAAGUCACUACUUUGGAAAUUCUAUUAUUAUUUAUUAAUUCAAAUAUUAUAAACAUAUUAAAUAGUACAACUAUAUACUGUUACAUAGAUAACUUUGUCAUAUGUUAUAUAUUAUAUUUAUUCAUCCAAAUAUUGUAUUUUAUUAUAUUUGAUUUAUUGUGUGUAGAUAAUAAAAAAUA